GAAAUUUCAAGUUAUAAGUGCAAUGAACUCCGGUAAAUAAGAUUGAAAAUAAUCGUUUUAAAUUACAGUGCUUGCAGUUGUUGCGGAUGUGUCUUUUCAGACUGUUUUAGUGGAUAUUAAUCCAGCAUUUAUUUAUGGAACACAACAAGCACAGGAGGGAGAAGAUGUGAUUUUCAAGUGCACACUUUUGAUCAUGGGAAAAAACAAGGCCUAUGCAACCAUGUAUCUGUGCAAAAAUGGAAUCGGGAUCCAUAUAGAAGAAUUCCAUGUUAAUAGAGAAGAAGUCGUCUUCAAACUCCCUCGUGUUAAUGUGUCUGACGCCGGCCAUUACAGCUGUGUGUACUCAAAGACCAAAUACAAACCCGAACUUGUUCAUUCAACAGACAAGAAUGUCAUCACUUUAGUUGUUACAUCUAAGCCUAGACCCACAUCAAUGUUGGUGGAAGCUUUGCAGACAGACAACUCCAGUCUACAAGUGAUAACUGCCAUGAACUCCGAUUUAGUGGAUGUUAAUCCAGCAAUUAUUUAUGGAACACAACAAGCACUCGAGGGACAAGAUUUGAAAUUCAAGUGCACACUUUUGACCAUGGAAAAAAACAAGGCCUAUUCAAUCAUGUAUCUGUGCAAAAAUGGAAUUGGGAUCCACGUAGAAGAAUUCCAUGUUGAUAAAAACGAAGUCCUCUUCAAACUCCAUCACAUUAAUGUGUCUGACGCCGGCCAUUACAGCUGUGUGUACUCAAAGACCAAAUACAGCCCCGAACUUGUUUCUUCAACAGACAAGAACGUCACCUAUAUCACUUUAGUUGUUACAUCUAAGCCUAGACCCACAUCAAUGUUGGAGGAAGUUUUGCAGGCAGACAACUCUAGUCUCUUUCGGUUACUUCGUUUUCUACCACUGGGGGCUUUGAUAAUGAUGGUUUGGUACUAUCGGUACAGUCUGAAGAGAUCAAUGAAGAAGAAUGCAACAACGGGAUUAUAUAUGCUAAUGCCAAAGCAGAGCAGGCACCUGAAGAGUCCAUCUGUGCAAAUGAGGGAUGGGCUGAGCCAUACGCCAACCAAUCAACAUGUUCCCCCACAAAGUGAGGGGUGUACUUUAGAUGGCUGUUCACCUGAAAUGCCAACAUGUGGCAGAAUUACAGACUGUAAACAGUGACUUUAAUGUGAGCAAGCUUUCCUGUCCUGUUUGAUGUCAUAGUGCCUGGUGGUCACCCUUUCUCAGAAUGUGAAGAUCAAAGGAACAUUGAAAAACAAUGACCAGCAUCAGCACUUACUGAGGCCUUGAAAUUAUUUGCGCUCAUACUGUUUUCCUUUAUGGAAAAAGGUUGCUUGUCUUUAUAUUUUGCAUUUCAGUUAAGCAUUGUAAUUGUAUUUUUCCCGAAUAGGCCAUACGUAAGGCAAAGUGGUGUACACAUGUCGUUUUGUGCGUAUAUGUUCAUUUUCUCUGUAUUACACGUACAAUUAUUUCAGAAAUUAUCUAAAAUCAAAUUAAGGAUGGUUUCUGGGCAAUAUUUAUUUUAUAAAUGAGGCCGCUGAGUCCACUGGAAACAAAUCAGCUGCCUAAAAAGCCUUCCUUGCAUAAGGUCCAUCUCAAUGAAUUUGUGUUUCAGAUUAGAUAGAUAGAUAGAUAGAUAGAUAGAUAGAUAGAUAGAUAGAUAGAUAGAUAGAGUCAUUAAUGUCAUGAGGGAGUC